AGAAGUUUCUUUGCUGGAGGGGGGGGGGGUGUCCCCACUUCGCGCUUGGACUUAAUUCCCUCUAUCGCUCGUCACAUGAUCGACUUGACGCGCGCCAGGACAAGGAAGCCGAACGCGUGCAGGUGCUCGGGGGAGCGGCAUGGUUUCGUUGUGAGGUGUCGGGGAAUCGGGGGGUCCGUCCGGCCGCCAUGUUGCAGCCGCAGCAACUCGGAGGCGUCAAGAAGUGUUUCUCCAUCGAGGCUUUGGUUGGGAAACAGCAGCAGCGGCAGCGGCCCGCCUGCUUCCAAACCGUCCGGGCUGCCUUCGAGGAGCCCAUCCGGCCCACCGCGCUCCGCUUCCCGGAGGCCCUGCACCCACUUCACGUAGGCUCCCCCGUCCGGACUUCGUACCCGUCCGCCGGACCCAAUUUAGGACUGCAUGUGUUCGGCCGACAUCAUCCCGGACUCGGGGUGAGCCUGUUGUACCCCUCCGCAGCCGCCGCCACCGCGGGCCCCCCCGCCUCGUGGAUCCUCCACAACCACCACAGAUACAUGCACACGCAGGCAGGUGACGACGGCGGUGCGGAGAACCUUCUGCUGCAUGGCGCUUUCUCCCGGAAACCCAAACGGAUCCGCACGGCGUUUUCUCCCUCGCAGCUUCUGCGUCUGGAGCGAGCAUUUGACAAAAACCACUACGUCGUCGGCGCGGAGAGGAAACAGCUGGCCUCAUCUCUCUGCCUUACGGAGACACAGGUGAAAGUGUGGUUCCAGAACCGCAGAACCAAACAUAAGCGUCAGAAGUUGGAGGAGGAAGCCCCUGAGGCGGACCACAAGCGCUCCAAAGCCAGCCAGCACGUCAGCAGAUGGCGAGCUGCCACGCAGCAGAACCCUGCCGAAUGCGUCGGCGACAUCGAUGACCACUGAGCUAACUCGACGAACGCUGGCCCGGAAACGCCACGUGGACGCUUAACGUUUGCCAUCCAUUCGGACUGAGAUGAAGGAGAAAGAACAUUCUUGGUUUUCAAGUGUGCCAACAAACACACACAAAAAAGGCUCUCCAGUGCGAGCUACCGUUAGCCUCCUAGCAUGACACGGUGCGUCAAUAAUCACUACAAACCCCCGCGGAAACUUGCAUUCUCUCUCUUGUGAUGCGUGGUCACUUGCUACCUAGCUGCCAUGCCAUUGGCUGAAGAACUUGCUGCGUGGGGCGGGGUUAUGUAAAUGAGCCACACUGCAGUGUCACAAUCUCGCCAAACUGAGGACAGCUCACCUAAAAGCGUGUUUUAAUGAAUUGUCGCCCACCUCCAGAUUAACUAGCUUGUUUCAUUCCAGGCACUCCUAGAACGCAAGAAACUAUUUUGAUGCAAAAUAUUAAUAAGUCACUUUUACAUAAUGUAUCUUCUUCUUCAAAAAAGAGAAAGAAAUGUAUUAAUAAAGUGAAUAAAAGCAAACGGCGUCUGUUGUGAACAGACGAACGCCAGCCUGGUGGACAUCUGGGACCAAGACCAGCACACGCACGCACGCGCGCGCACGUAUACACUGCAGGAUUUCCAUCAAACUUCAAUUAAACUGAAAGCCGGAAAAACUAAAGAGACCCGGUGAUGACGAUGAGUUUCUGGCUGUUUUUCCAAGAGUCGACUGACCCAACAAGGGACACACUUAGCCCGAAAUGAAAGGAGGGAUUUUUCACAUCGCCCUUUGGCAUCGUCCUCUUCAUCAUGCUGUCUCGUUCUCGGAGGUCAUGUGACAAUGUUGUCAUGCACUACGUUGAUUCGGAAUGAGAAUGAUUUGAAGCGGCCUUCCUCUGACUAAGGGGGCGGGGCCAGAAAGAUGGAACAGUUUCGUCUUCCUGUGUUUCAUGUAUGAAAAAUAAAAGUCAUUAGAAUGAAGUUUU